AUGUCAGAAAUCGCAGCGAGGAAGAGAAAAAUGGGAGACAGAAAAGAAACACCUGCGCCAAAAUGGCCUUCCAUCAAACCCAAAAACAAUCUUCAAAUCACUCCCUUACGAGAUUUCGAUCUUUUCACGGUUCGGAAUUUUUUCUCCUCUGCUGAAUCAAAAGCAUUCGUUGAAACUGCUGAGGGAAUUGGUUUUGCUCAUCAAGGGAGUUUAGGUCCAGCUAAAGGUGAAGCUUACCGAGAUAAUGAUCGAAUCUCGGUGAACGAUUCGGUUCUGGCUGAUUCAAUUUGGAAUUCUGGGCUUAAUAAAAUGUUUUCUGAUUUAAGAAUUCGGGGGAAAUCGGCUGUAGGUUUGAAUCCGAAUAUUAGAUUAUAUAGGUACAAGGCUGGUCAACGAUUUGGACGACAUAUUGAUGAGAGUGUUGAUCUUGGAGAUGGAAAAAGAACUCGUUAUACUUUGCUAGUUUAUUUAAGUGGUGGACCUGGUGAACUUAAAUCAAAGCCUAAAAAUGAUUCCAGCAAACCUAUAGAUUCAUCUUUUGAUCGUUUGGUUGGAGGAGAAACAGUAUUUUAUGGUUCAAGAAAUAGCACUGUCGCGGAGGUUGCUCCCAUUGAAGGGAUGGCACUCUUGCACAUUCAUGGAGAUAAAUGCUUGUUGCAUGAAGCCAGAAACGUUACAAAGGGUGUCAAAUAUGUGUUUCGUUCGGAUGUCGUGUUUGCUUGA